UAAAUGAACAUCUGAUCUCAAUCAGGAAGUAAAGCACCGAGCUCGGCCGACUCGCCUCCGUGUUGUCAAUGUAGUUUCUUCAUGUUUGUUGCCUCAUUCAUAGCUUCUCAUUUUGAACAUUCGCCUUUAUAAUCAGACUUGGAGGUCUUCUUCCCAGCAGGGACAUGGCCGAAGGUGCCGAGGCUGAUGUUGACGAGCCGCCUCGUUGUCAUGUGCCUCCUGUCAUUACAGUCUCCGGUCUGCCCACUGCCACUGCAGCAGGUCAAAACCUGAAAGAAUGGCUGCUGGAGCAGUUCUGUGACAAACCUCUGGAGCAGGAUGACAUGCGACUUCACAAUGCAGCCUAUGUGGGCGAUCUGGACACACUGAGGAACCUACUACAGGAAGAGAGCUUUUUAGAACGGAUCAAUGAGAAAUCGGUUUGGUGCUGUGGAUGCCUGCCCUGCACUCCCCUAAGGAUUGCAUCCACAGCCGGACACGUCGCCUGUGUGGCUUACCUUAUUGCUCAAGGGGCUGAGGUGGACCUCGUGGAUGUCAAAGGCCAAACGGCGUUGUACGUCGCUGUGGUCAACGGUCACCUGGACUGCGUGCGUGUCCUCCUUGAGGCCGGAGCCAACCCCAACGGGAGCCGUCACCACCGCAGCACACCGCUCUACCAUGCUGUCCGUGUCGGUCGACUGGAUGUGAUUCAGGAACUCAUUCGGUUCAAUGCUGAUGUUGACAUGGAUUAUCAGCUGGGUCCCCGUCUUCCCUUAUGUGCUCGGACCCUCAACACUUUAGUGGUGUGUCCUCUCUACAUCAGUGCCGCUUAUCACCACCUGCACUGCUUCCGGGCUCUGCUGGAAGCUGGCGCUCAGCCUGACUUCAACUACUCAGGGCCCGUGUGCCACGACGCUUUGACUCGCGGCCUGGCCUCCUGCCUCCUGGAUGCCGUGCUUCGACACGGAUGUGAGGUGACCUUCGUCCAGCUGCUGCUAGACCACGGGGCCAACCCAGGCUAUGUGCCCUGGGAUGAUGCUGAGCUGGAGGCUCCCAACCGAAGAAAGGUGGAACCCGAAGCCCUCAAGCUCUUCCUGGAAGCAAGAAAAUGCCCCAACAGGUUGACCCACCUGUGUCGCAUCAGGAUACGCAGAGUCCUGGGGAAAAAACGUCUGCAGCAUAUACCAUCACUGCCACUUCCUCAACCCAUCCACAACUUCCUGUUUCAUCACAACUAACAGCCUUCGUCACAACCACAGUGGUGUGGCUCUGUGGACGUCAUUUAUUUAAAAUUGAACACUUUUAUUUUUUCAAGUUCGGUAAGUUGAAAUACCUUUUUCCUCUCCCUGUCAGAGUCCUAAUAUUGUAUACUUUCACUGUUUAUUAUUGCUCCUAUCUUACUAUACAGUACGUAUAUUCUGUGUACUCUUUAAACAGUGGAACCCGUUUAUGUCGAGCAAGUCUUCACAUUACUAAAAUGUGCUCAAGUCAACUUUGGCAGACACGGUCGACGGAUUUUGUCGACGCAAAAUAUAAGAGCCAAAAGUGUCAUUUGUUUAUGUCAACAUAUUAUAUUAUAUUAAUUUCAUCAUUAUCGUGAAGCAGCUUGAAACAACAGCAACAACAUAACUAUUAGGGGUGUGAAUCUUUGGGCACUUAAUGGUUCGAUCCGAUUCCGAUUUCUCGGAUGACAGUUCGAUUCAGAAUUGGUUCUUGAUUCAAGUUGUUUCUCGAUUCAAACCAAAUCUCGCAAUGUACUAUUUAGUA